UCUACAAAGAAGUUGAUAAAACUGUAUCAUAAUUGAUAUCAAUCAUAAUCCAUACUUGUAUAGUAUGAAUCAAUUAUCGUACAGUCUUACACAAGCAAAAUGGCACCUAAGGGAAAUAGAUAAAAAUAGGGUCCAACUCAAUUUCAGCAUCACUUAUUCUUCUUUCUCAAUCAAAAGAUGUUGUUCUAUUCUCUUAUUAUCCUCGCUUGUAUGAAAUCGUUAUGGGCACUUCUCUUACCAGGACCUUUCGAAUGUAACAAUGCUACAACUUCUUACUGCCAAAAGUUUCUCCAAAGCGGUGGUCUGAGCUGUCAAUACAAUACUCAAAUCAUAUGCGUUCAUGAAAACCAAGAAGCCAAUGACAGAGACUACUGUCUAACAGAUGCAACUUACAACUGCAGAACAUUUAUAUCGGUUUAUGGCUAUACUUGUGAUAAAGAAACCUGUAUUAUGUCACAUUAUCAGAAUACUUAGUUCAAUAAACAACUUUUUAUUUUCUACUCGUC